UCGGGUUCAAUAUUCAAUCUGUAAAUCAUAACAAUACGCAAUCUUGAAUGAAUUCGCUUGUGGUGUGGAUCAUACUUCAUUUUUAGCGUCAUCAUGUCAGAAGUUCGAAGCGAAACAAAAUUGAUCAAGUCCAAGGAUGAUAAAAGUAUAUUUUGCAAGCAUUGGUUUUCAGAUGAAAAGCCCAGGGCCUUGAUAUUUUUGUGCCACGGCUUGGGAGAGCAUUGUCUUUGGUAUGAUGAUAUAGCAGAGGCACUUGUCAAGACUGGAUUUUAUGUCUUUGCACAUGAUCAUGUUGGGCAUGGUCAGAGUGAAGGCACCCACAACCACGUAGACGAUUUCUCCGAGUACACCUCGGUCAUCUACCAGCACUGUAAUGAGGUCAAGGACAAACACCAAGGACUUCACCUCUUUAUAUUUGGACAUUCUAUGGGUGGAGCCAUUACUCUACUGACCGCCACUGGACAGCCUGACUUCUUUGAUGGAGUGAUAACCUCAGCGCCAGCCAUACAUGCCACCCCAGGGCCAUUGGUCUCAAUUAAAAUAUUUGUUGGAAAAAUUUUGGCACGUUUCUUUCCAUUGCUCAAAAUAAGCGGCAUAGCAUCCUGGAUGAUUUCACGAGACAAAGAGCAGGUCAAGAGAUAUGAAGAGGACCCUAUGGUGCAUCCGUAUGUCAGAGUGAAGUGGGGAUCGGCUUGGAUCGAGUGCGUGAAGAAAAUAGAGGAGCGAAUGGAGUCCAUUGAGUUUCCAUUCUUGGCGCUCCACGGAGAUGCUGAUGCCAUUUGUGACGUCCAGGGAUCCCAAAUGUUGUACGACAAGGCCAAGAGUGAGGACAAAGAAAUCAAGAUUUACAAAGGGUUUUACCAUUCGCUACUUUUGGAACCAAAUGAAGACAGGCAAAGGGUACAGGAUGACAUACUAAACUGGCUGAAAAAGAGGAUUUAGAAAGAAGUUUUGGAAGACGGAAAAAGAAAAGAAAACAGCAAAAUACUAGUUGGCUGUAAAAAAAUAUAUAAAAUGAAAGGUGCUCUUAAUUGUUCACAGUGAUUAUAAUACUCAAAGUGAAGGAAAAUGGCCUCUACUUUAAAUUGAAUCUUCAGAAUCUUCAGAAUGCAUUUAUUUAGUGAACACGUCAUACAUGUAGGCAUAAUAUUUAGUACUUUUUCAUUUAACUAUUUGUGUAUCUAAUAACAACUGUCAAAACAGUUUUUAAAUUUUUAAAUAUGAUUUGAGCUAGGACAUGUCCAUUUUAAAUAGAUAUUACAUACAAUUUAAAAUCCAUUUUUUUUAUUUAUUUAUUUUUUUACAUGUACAUUUAAUUUCAAAAAAAAAUUUGAAAGAUUUUUUUUCAAUUUGAAUCUUUUAAGGAGAAUAUGAGGAUGUUUCUAUGUGAUGGUAUAUUAUUAAACUUGGAUCUGAUUUUAUCUGGUAUUUAUUUAUUAAUAAGAUGAACAAAGAAGUCUCAUUUUUUAUUUUUUUAUCAAUGAAGUCUGUAUGUAAAUUGGCCCUACAUACAUUCUGUUUGUUGUAAUCUGAAGUUAGUAGAUUUUGCCAAUCAUGAAUUGGUGCUAUACAUACUGGUCAAAUUUACUUUCAAUUAUAAGAUACAGGAGAAACUUGCACAAUUUUUUCAUUAUUUUAAUAUAAUUUUCAUAUCGUCCCUUGAUAGAAAUUUCGGGCACUUAUGGCCAAAAGAAAAUAAAUACAUGAUUCAGGUAUAUCACAAAACAUGUGAACAAUCAACUGCAAAAUAUCAUAAUUUGGAUUUUUUAUAACUUGCUAUACAGGUACAUAUAGUUGCACGUGAUAUGAAUAUCAUGCUUUCUCUGGAAUUACCAUUAUUCAAAUCAAUUUUUUAUCAUCGUUGUAGACACAAUCUGGCAAAACCAUAUUGUUUAGCUGUUUUCUGAUAUUUUAUACAUGUAGAUUAGCAUUUCCAAUUUUUUAAUUUUUUUUGUUUGUAAAUUUUUCAUAAAGUUAAUUUUAAGAACAAGUUUCUUCUUCCUCCUUCUUUGACCAUUAUUUAUAAAUAUAUACCUUACGAAUGAUUAAUUAAUUAGUGUAGUAAUUGCACAGAGUUGGUACAUGUACAUGUAUGCCUUGCAUUAUAUGCUUAACAAAACAUACCUCAAUCUAUAUCAAAUUAUAAUGUUGUAUGUUGUACGAUGAUUCACACAAACAUGAACUACAGGGAUGAUUAAUUUUGUAACUACUCUGCUUUUACCAUUUUUCAUAUCAAAUUUUUAUUGUCAGUUUACUUUAAAAAAAAAUUCAGUAACUAUAAUUGUGUAUUUAGAAAAGUGGUUUCGGUACUUUUUAAUUUUAUAUAGAACAUGCUACUUUUAAUUUUUGCACGAUUUUUUAAUUAUGUAGAGGACGUACAAAUAGAAAAUGGAAUCGAAGCCUACUUGUUUAAAACAGUUUUUUUUUAAUUGCUGCUGUGUUCCAUGAGUUAUUUUGAAUAUGCUGGUUUUUUUUAAUCUAUGCUUUAGAUCAAACAAUUGUAUUAACUAUACAAAAAAUAUUGCGUGCAGUGACAACCAUUUCUUCAAUCUAACAAAAGUAAUGCUGAAUUUGUGUUCAUGAAACCUCCUAAUUUUUAAAUUAUUUUAUUAGCAGUGUUAUAUGAUUAUGUGGUCUAUUGGUCUUAUGAUAUAUGUACAUGUAGAUGUUAUGUUUAAUGAUACCGGUACUGUAAGAUAAGUUUAUUAAUACGUACAUUGUAAUUUUUGAUUGUUUGACAUUGAUUUUCCGACCAUGGUUAUUUAUUCUCUCAUCUCUGCUAGCCAAGGGUUUUCAGUUUUCGGUUUACUCCGCUCCCCAUAAACUGAGCAGAGUGGACCAAAAAACCAUGGCUAGCGGAGAUGUCACAUAGCGAGAAUUUUCUGCAGGUCGCUAUGUUUGGGAGGUUUGGAUUUAUAACCCAUAGAAAAAUCAUUAAAUUUGUAAUGUUAAAAAAAUUGCUUUUGAUUGAAACACUGCGUCAUUAAAAGUUUAAAUUUGAUUUAUUUAAAACCCGAAAUAGAAGAGUUGCACCUGCAGGA